AUGGACGGUAAAACUCCAGCUAUCGGAAUCGACCUGGGGACAACAUGCUCACGUGUUGGGGUAUUUCAGCAUGGAAAAGUGGACAUUAUUGCCAAUGAUCAGGGAAACAGAACGACUCCCAGCUACGUCGCAUUCACGGACAGUGAGCGGCUCUUAGGAGAUGCGGCCAAGAAUCAAGUGGCUCUCAAUCCUCAAAACACCGUGUUCGACGCCAAGCGACUCAUCGGCCGAGACUUCAACGACGCCACCGUUCAGGAGGACAUGAAGCACUGGCCAUUCAAAGUUGUUGAUCAUGGCGGUAAACCUCGCGUUAAGGUCGAAUACAAGAAUGAAGAGAAGACAUUCGCACCUGAACAGAUUACUGCUAUGGUUCUUACUAAGAUGAAAGAGACUGCCGAAGCAUACCUGGGCGCCAAGGUAACGGACGCUGUGAUCACAGUUCCAGCAUACUUCAACGAUGGGCAGCGGCAGGCGACAAAAGAUGCCGGGAUAAUUGCCGGUCUGAACGUGCUGAGAAUUAUCAACGAACCAACAGCAGCCGCUCUGGCAUAUGCACUUAAUAAAAAACCCAAAGGUGAGAAAAAUGUCCUUAUUUUCGAUCUCGGAGGAGGGACAUUUGAUGUGUCUGUUAUGACAAUUGACGAAGAGUCCAUGGUUGAGGUCAAGUCGACAAGAGGCGACACACAUCUGGGAGGUGAAGAUUUCGAUGACAGGUUGAUGGAUCACUUUGUGGAGGAAUUCAAGAAAAGACAUAAGAAGGAUUUGAGUGUGAGUUCUCGAGCUAUGCAUCGACUGCGCACAGCAUGUGAGCAUGCAAGGAUAACCCUCUCAGGCAGUUCCGAGGCGGGGAUAGAGAUUGACUCGCUUUUCGAAGGAGUCGACUUCUACAGUAAGAUAACACGAGCAAGGUUUGAAGAAUUAUGUUCGGACCUAUUCCGAGGUACUUUGGAACCAGUGGAGAAAGCCCUUCGUGACGCCAAGAUGGACAAGUCGAGCAUCCACGAGGUUGUUCUUGUUGGAGGGUCCACCCGAAUUCCAAAGAUCCAGAAACUUCUGCAAGAUUUCAUGAACGGGAAGGAACUGAACAAAUCCAUCAACCCCAACGAAGCCGUUGCGUAUGGCGCUGCUGUCCAAGCUGCCGUUUUGACCGGUGACACAAGCGACGCUAUCAAAGACGUGUUUCUACUCGACCUUGCUCCACUGUCCCUCGGGAUCGAGGCAACGGGAGGCGUCAUGACCACACUUAUACCGAGGAACACCACCAUCCCGACCAAGACAACCCAGACUUUCAGCACCUACUCCGACAACCAACCCGCCGUCUCCAUACAAGUAUACGAGGGAGAGAACAUGACCAAAGACAAUCACUUGAUGGGCAAGUUUGACCUGUCAGGUAUCACUCCAGCUCCAAAGGCCGUUCCAGAAGUGGAUGUUACGUUUUCCGUCGACGACGACGGCAUCCUCAACGUCACGGCAGUGGAGAAGGGCACGGGGAAAUCUAACCAGCUCACCGUUACCAACGACAGUGGGCGUCUUAGUGCUGAUGAGAUAAGGAAAAUGGCGGACGAUGAGGUGGAGUUCAAAGCGGAAGAUGAAAAAUAG